AUGCCAAUUGCACUCAUCAAACUCAACUCGUCAAUCUCGACCGAAGUUCAGAAAGAGAUCGUAGAAGAGGCGAUGAAAAUAUUAUCAGAUACAGUAGGGAAGCCUAUAUUGUAUUGUUCAACUCAAUUGGUAAUGUCUAUUGGUGGGUUUGGGGGUUCGGCGAAAGAUAGCGCUUUCAUAGACAUAAGAAGUAUUGGAGGGCUUAAGGGAAAGCAAGAGCCACUUUCUGCAAGGUUUUGUAAAAUGCUGGAAGAAAAGGCGGGUAUUAAAGGAGAUAACAUUUACCUUAACUUUACUGAGUUCUCUACAAACAACUGGGGAUUUAAUCAUGAAACAUUCUAA